AAAGGACCCGUCAACUGCAAAACAAGAUCUCGAGUAGAAGUCAAGGCACCCGGUAUUAUUCCUCGUUUAUCUGUGCGUGAACCUAUGCUUACGGGAGUGAAAGCCGUCGAUUCGCUAGUACCUAUUGGUCGUGGACAGCGUGAACUGAUCAUUGGAGAUCGUCAGACUGGGUAA